AUGCCAGAAGUGGGUAGAUUUAGCGAUGCAAUGGAUCGUUCUCCUAUACGAUCACUAAGUGAAGACAUAAUUCACGUCUCCCUGAGGUUGGGACCUUUAAAUGAUCAAGAUCCAACUGGAAACGAGGAGAUCAGGGCCAGUCUGGACCUCCAAGAAGUUAGGGAACAAGUUGGAUCACUAGGAGGGAAAGGCAAGAAUUCAAAACCUGCAAGUAACCUUACUGCAAGGCCUCCAGCGGCGGCGAAGAAAAGAGGAGCUAGAUCCCCUGCUCAAGGAGUGGCUGUGAAGAAGAGAAGGGUAACAAAAACCCAAAGCUCAUCGAAAAGGAAACUCACAACGACGACACGCCAGAGUGGAGCUUCCUCUAGAGCUUCGAAAGCAGGAAACCAACCUACGACGAGUGUGGUCCGGUCCAGAUCCUCUUCCUUAGUGAACAUGUGUUGGAACUGUCAAGGUAUAGGGAGCGACCUGACAGUUUGUCGUCUGAGGGAGUUUAGAAGGAAAGACCCCCCAGAUAUAAUGUUUCUUAUAGAAACGAAACGUCAAGAUGAGGAGGUUUUCAGAAUGUACCAGGAAACAGAGUUCACAAAUCCCUUUACUGUACCUUCUGAUGGACUCAGCGGUGGCUUAGCUCUUUCUUGGAAAGAUAACGUCCAGCUUGAGAUCCUCUACUCUUCACCUAAUGUAAUUGACAAAAAGAUCUCUUUUAAUGGAAAUUUUUUUUUCGUGUCUUACAUAUAUGGUGCUCCACAACGAGAAAACCUCGCUAGUUUUUGGGAGAUACUCUCGGACAUAGGCAUACAGCGUGAUGCUCCGUGGCUUCUUACCGGAGACUUUAAUGAUCUCCUUGACAACUCGGAAAAGGUUGGGGGGCCGUUGAGAUGGGAGGGUUCCUUCUUAUCGUUCAGGAACUUUGUCUCCUAA